GCCCUGGCAGCGAGUAUAUAAAGAGCUGUGUGUUUCAAACUCUUCAUCUCAUCAGCCAUGGACAAAAGUGUGCUGCUGGUCCUGUUCUGUCUGCAGGUGUUCCUGCUCAUCACAGCCUUCACUUCUGCUGAUGCAGCCACUCUGGGGGUGGAUGACCGGCGACAGCAGUCUCCUAAUCGUCCUAAUCCGACGAAGGGAGGAAGUUUGGUCGAAUUAAAAGAGAGAGGACGACCAGAUGAACGCAGAUUUCCCGGCUGCUUGAGGAAGGACGGUGGAUGUUCAAUCUUUGGAAAAGUAAAACCAAAGGAUCAACCUACACCAAACCCUAAACUGCUGUCUCUGGUCCAAAAAAUGAAGGAAAUCCAACAACUCCUUUCAGAGAACUGAAGACAGACAUGAAAAACCUGCAUCUUCUCUUCAAGAAAGCUUCUCUCUUUUGCUUUGCCAUUCACCAUCUUGGUGACAAUUAUCAAUCUUUACAAAAACAAUACUCCUGCUUUACUCCUGUGCUAAAGAAAAAAAGAGCCUGCAAACCAUAAAUUUACCAAAAUUGAAUUCAUCAUGUAAAAGUUAAGAAGCGUAUUUUGCUAUUUUAUCAUAAAUUUCCUACAGGGACUUAACAUUGUUGUUAUUCUUUGCUUUGGGUGCAGUUCUACUUAAAAUAAAAGGUUAAUCCAGCCAUGGCUACUCUAAAUCAUGUUUGAGGCUACUGUAGCUUGUUAGCUAUUACAGAAACAGGACAGAAGAAUUGGAGAAUGAAACUAACACCACAUUGAUUAUUAAGAUUUGCAGUUUUCUGAUAUUUGGUUAAAAAUCUGCUCAGUAAAUGUUUUAGUUUUGUAAUUACAGAUGCUCUGAUAAAUUGCCUACAGAUGUCUUCUACUAUUAGGAUGGAUUAUUAGGUAAUAUUUCACUCCAAGUGCUGUUGAUUAUAAAGUUGUUUGCUAACGAAAUAAAGUUUUUGAAAUAAGAAUAACU